UCAGUCGCAGGGAAAGACGGCGAGUUGCUCAUUUCGCCAUUAGCAAUUGACGUCCUGUUGCCUUGACCUACAGACUCUGAACCAAGCGGUGGGAUGCCUACUUACACUCUUGCCGUUCCGCCCAUACUUCGACGGCGUGCAAGCCUGGCAUUUCUCGCAAUUACCUGUACACUCCUUUUCCUUAUCUUCCCGUGGAUAACGUCAACUGUGAAUCCGGCCACGACUGCCCAAUUCAACAAGUCAAAAGCGCAGGACUUGCAGUCCCACCAUUUGUCUACAAGGGUUGUUCUUUCCUUAACAUCCUUUGGGGGCCGUGUUGAAAAUAUCAAUGAAACGUUGGCUUCACUUGUUGCUCAGUCCCGAACACCUGACGCCAUUUACCUCAUAGUCCCGUCGGAACCAAUACAUCGAGUGGAUGAAAAGUCCACUACCUCAGUCUCUGACGAGUUCUUGAAGGGCUUGGAAGCUGGAUUUGCACCUCUUUUGACGGUGUUGAGGACAGAAGAUUGGGGACCGGCGACAAAAUUACUUGGGGCGUUAACGGUUGAAAAAGACCCGAAUACGAUUGUCGUUACUGUUGAUGACGAUUCUACAUACCAUCCUGAUAUGCUGCUUGGGUUGGUAAUGGCAAGCCACGAGCAUCCGAACAACGCUGCAUCUUAUGUCUGCGAAUUCCAGCCUUGGUGGGCAUGGAUUAUUGAUCGCGGACUGGCUAUUAGGCAAUGGUGGGAGGGGCCUUGUAAAGGUUGGGCAAACGCCUUCAAGGGCGUCGCUUACAGAGUAGGAUGGUUUGGUGAGGAAAUGUGGGAUUGGUCGCGUGCGCCCAAGGGCUGCAAAUUGCACGAUGAUGUUUGGAUUAGUGGUAAUCUAUAUAGGAAAGGGAUCCGACCUUGGGUAGCUGUCCCUCCGUUUGAUCCGCUGGUAGCUCACAGAAGGCACCCCACACUGUCCAUUAAUGCGGUGAAGGACACCGAAUCGGCGUACCGAAACCCGUGUCUGGAAUACUUUGGGCAUUUUGCUUGAUAUGUAUAUAGGAUAGUCCCUGUAACUUGCACUUUUAAUUUAAUCGGUGCUUGAGCGGUGCGCACAAUAGAAUAGCUCGGUGACAUGAGAACUGAAAAGAAA